AUGAAGGUCAGGUUUGAUAAAGAGGAGUACGAUGUUAUGAAGAAGUUUGAACUUCGACAUCAUCCGGACAUAUGGAAAUGGAUUCUGGAUAAGGUGGGAAGAAGUGAAAGUCUGGAAAUCUUGGACGUCUCUGAGGAAGCGUGUGUUUUUGCGUUAUCGCUAGCAGAAAAACAUUCCAAUAACCGCUUGGUGAUUGCUUCACGAGGUGAAAAACCGGAUUUCGACCUGCCCCCCAACGUCACCUAUAAACGAAUUGGUAUGUUUGACGUCAUCAUUUUCAAUGAAGUCACUAAUGAGAUCUCUGAUUUGGGUGGAUUCUUCAAAAAGCUUGCAUUACUCCUUAAAGACAAUGCUCCUAUUAUCGUCUUAUCGAGGCCAAAAAAUCCACCACUUCCCAUGCCAGAGUGCUGUCACCUACUAUGGCGAAAAUUAGCACCAACUCGGGAUGAGCUAAUAAGCCACGUUAAAGCUGCUAAUCUGAACCACACUUGCUUUUCGGCCUCCGUACCUGUCACAGUUGAUCGAUUGGAAUGGGAGAAAAUUCUCUAUUCAGGUUGUUUUCCUGCCGUGAAGAAUACAGCUAAGUGCACAGAAAAGGAGAUACGAGAUUACUGUAAUCGUAUAUCCGGAAAAGUUGCGUUUGAAGAGAAAUUGAACAUUUUCCUUCUCAAAAAGCAAUAA